AUGCUCCGUGUGGUACAGUCGAUCAUCAACACGUGCACCUGCAUGCUUCACGAUGACUUAAGCUUUGACGCUAACGUCGCGCCUUUUGCAAGCGAACGGCGGGAGGCUUCUGCCUUGACUUCACAACAACCAACUUGCGCUUUCCAUCUCCACGACACAACAUCCAUCGACAGUCAUGGAGGACCACGAUUUGCACCGCUCACAUCUACCUCCGCGCCUGCGCUCCGGCGUUCCAAGAGAAUCAAGAAUGCGAUCCAGUCUUCUAACGCCUCCUCCGGUGCCGUCAAGCGCAAGCGCAAGCGUCCUUCAUCCGCCGAUGCUGUGUCCCGUCCGGGCGCAAAGUCAGCAAAGACCAACUCGAAGUCCCGCAGGGACGAUCUGCCCAAUCAGUCACAAGAAAAGAAAGCAAGAAAUACAGCGAGCGAUGAGACGUCAGAGGCAGCUUCUCAAAAUCCAUCAAGCAUCGCAUCGGUCCCGGAUGGAGAGCAGCCAUUUCGUCUGUUCGACCUGCCGGACGAACUCUGGGUCAAGAUCGGUCAGAUGGCAACAGAAGAUCUCCCGGCCAUUGGAGAGUUCCUACCUGAUCGCCACCCCAAUCGGCGCCAUGAGCUCUCAAAACUGUUCUCCAAGCUCAAGACCCCAGCUAUCCUUCAAACCUGCUCCGCGCUGAGGAAAGAGCUGAGAUUGCACUACUAUGGUAGUAACAAAAUCCGAGUAACGAUUGAUGAACUCUCCGCUGUGGGAGUUUUACGUCCUUACUUGCAAGCAAUCGGAUUGUCAGCUAGACGUUUGCUCGACGGCUUCACCAUGAUAGGCAGAGUGGACUGGGACGCGGACGCCGUGCUGGAGCCUCCUCACGACCUGCCAGCGUCCUGGGGAGUUGAGCUGGUCCUGAGUCUGGUCAGCAGAGAUCCCUGCGAAGGCUGUGAGGCGGAUCACGUGGACUGGAAAAUCACGUUCCAGUGA